AUGUCUUCACCUUACGAGCAACCAGAUAAUCUACCGCUCCUCCUACAAGUAAUCCGCAGCCAACCGGCCCACCGCCUGCAGGGUAUCCUCCAAGACAUCGUCAAGCAUAGCCCCGAGGGUCGCAAAAUUGCCUCAAAAUGGCUACUAGCAGUGAAAGACAAUGUACCAGUUGUCCCCACAUCUACUACUCCUGUCACUGACACCCCACCGGUCAAAGAAGAGUCUAUCUCGACACCUGUGGCCAUGACACCACGUUUCGAAACUUGCCUCUACUGCAUGGGAGAGUUCGAAGUCACUAAAAACUCGGCGACAAGUUGCAAAUAUCAUGUUGAACCCGAUAUUAUCGACGAGGAGUUUUUCAAAGAGGAGAUCUUCGCUGGACUUGAUGUUGAUAAUCUGGAAUAUCGCGAGAUUUGGCCUGAUGGAUUCUACCAUCCUUGCUGUGGAAGGGACUUGACUGAGGAUAUGUGUCAGGUUGGUUGGCACAAGGCUGUCGACCCGGAAGAUCGUCCUCGCAAGCGAGAUAUCUGCGGUGAGUUCCAAUGA